AUGAAGAGAAGACAGGAGAAAAAAAGAAAGAGCUCGGCAUUGUCCCAAGCCAAAGGAAAAGAAAAGGCUAUGCCAAAAUUUAUGCCAAAAGAAGUGAAGACGAUGCUCGACAAGAGCAAGGCAAGGUUUCGGAAGGAUGAAGAGGUUGUUUGGAGUCUAGAGGCAGUGUCCAAGUGGGAGGUCAAGAGGGAACCCGAAUGUAGCCCACUGGGGCCCACGGAGGCAGCAGAAGCGAAAGCACUGGCCGCAGGGCGCACGGCUAUCAAGGGUCUCCGAAAUCGUGAUACUUGGCAGGUCCUUUGA